CACGGCCACUCCGCCCCCGCUGCUCUCGCGUUGCCGGCCCCGACAGAGACGAGGCACGGUCGGCUGCUCUCGGUUCCCCGCGCGCGCGCUAGCUAGAAGGACGACCUGCGCUGGUCUCGCCAUGGCCGCCAAGAAGGUGGUGCUGAAGCUGGACCUGCACGACAACAGGGACAAGCAGAAGGUGCUCAAGGCAGUCUCCACUCUCCACGGCAUCGACUCCAUCGCGGUGGACAUGAAGGAGUCCAAGCUGACGGUGGUCGGGCUGGCGGACCCCGUCGACGUCGUGGGCAGGCUGCGCAAGGUCGGCUCCGCCGCCAUCGUCUCCGUCGGCCCGGCCACGGAGGAGAAAAAGAAAGACGGCGACAAGAAGGAGGGGGGCGGCGACAAGAAGGACGCUGACAAGAAGGGCGACGACAAGAAGCCCCCGCCGCCCCCGGUGUACCCGUACCCGUACCCGUGGCACGCGUACGCCGCCGCCGCCGCCGCCGCGCAGUACCAGUACCACCCCCGGCCGUACCCGCCCCAGUACGUCGUCCACAGCGCCGAGGAGGACCCCAACUCCUGCGUCAUCUGCUGAUCUGAUGCCGGCGUGGCGCAGCACAGUCACAGUCUUCUUUUUUGCACAUUCCUAUAUUUGUUGUUGUUGGCCUGCUCUGCUUGCCUACCUGCUCGAUCGACCGCCACGUCGUCGGUGAUCGCCGGGACCGGGGCGGGUGUGGUGGUUGGCUGCUCCGCUCGUCUCUAUGCUGGCGGUGGGGUUGGUCGUUGGCCCGUGUCCGCAGGUCGUUGCAAUUGCAAUCAUGCAGGCGAUCCAUCCAAAAGUACUUGUUGCCUUGUCGGGGUUCUCAGGCUGCUGACCAGCGUGGUCGCGUAGUGUGCAUGCGGUUUUUUGUCCUUGGCUAUUUG